ACAUAUAUAGCUGACGAGCUUAUCAAGGCACUUCUCUCGUCAUUCUUUCAACGCAUCCAUCAUGGAAAACAACAAAGUAAAGGUAUCUGUGUACGAAGGAAAAUUAAUCGGCAUUGUGGAGAAAGAUGUCUACAAUAAUUCUUAUAUCGCUUUUCGAGGAAUACCAUAUGCGAAACCGCCAAUUGGAGAACUCAGAUUCAAGGAUCCAGUACCAGUGGAAUCAUGGACCGGUGACAAAGACGCUUCGGCGUAUGGUAACAUCUCAGUUCAACUAAACCCUUUUACACGUGAAGUUAUGGGCGAUGAGGAUUGUCUAUAUUUAAAUGUGUACACUACGAAGCUCGAGUCUUCGAAGAAACGCUCAGUAAUGGUAUGGAUACAUGGCGGUGCCUUUUCCAUGGGUUCCGGUGAUGCAACUUUCCAUGCUCCCGAUUAUAUCAUACAAAAGGAUGUAGUAUUAGUUACUUUGAAUUAUAGACUAGGCGUUUUAGGUUUCCUGAAUCUCUACGAUGAAGUGGCAACUGGUAAUCAAGGUCUGAAGGAUGUGAUCUUGGCGUUACGAUGGAUUCAGAAAAAUAUAUCAGUAUUUGGAGGAGAUCCAGAAAACGUGACUAUCUUUGGCGGAAGUGCUGGCGGAGCUAUUGUACAUUAUUUAACUUUGUCCCCCUUAGCCAAAGGUAUUUUAUCAAUACAAACUUAAUGACACAC